CUUAGCGGCUCUUGCCGUCGAUCUGCGUCCCGUCGUCGUCGCGUGCGCGCUCGCUGAUAUGCCCGCGCGAUAAGCAAUGAUUCGCGGCGGCACGGCGUUGUCGCGGCAGAUCGUGGAGUUCGAGGAGCUUGUCUCGCGAUUCCACGAGCACCGGCUGGCUAGCGGCGGCGAUAAGCAAGCGAUCGGGUCGCAACCGCAGCAGCAGCAACUUAACAAUCUGGCUAUAUUGGAGGGAUUAGCGCGACUGUCAAGGUCGGCCGGCAACACUGACUUCCUCGAUCAGAACAGUCGCCAACAACGGGCGUCGCCGUCGCCAAGUGCUGUCAAUGCUGGCGGAGUCGACUCGCCGCCGGCUCACGCUGCUCGCUACGCCGCCGAACAGCAUCGCCAGCAACAGCAGCAGGCGGUUCGUGUAAACAUUGGUAUCGACGAGGAUCUACAAAUGAUAUUGGAAAUGGAUCCGGCGAUCGUGGACCGGGUGCCGCCGCCGCGGCAACUGCCAGCUCCUCGGGCGAGCAACCGACCUCAAGGCUGUCCGCCGACGUUCAAGACGGCAACGCCGACUUCGCGCACGCAGCUGAAACUGCAGCUGAUGCGCGAGCAGCUGCAGGAGCAAGAGCGACGAGAAACUGAGUUCCGGCAGAGCUUCCAACAACACAGACCCCAGGCUGCGCCACCCCGACCGGUGCCGUCUGCGCCUUUACCAACCAUUGGCGUUGACGUUCCUCCGCAGGUCCUUCAGGUGCGCACGCUGCUGGAGAACCCGACGCGCUACCACGUGGUGCAGAAGCAGAAGAACCAGGUGCGCCAGUACCUGCACGAGUCGUUUUGCGGCGCAUCGACGCAGGACCUCGAUCUCGCGGCGUCCUCGUCCUCGAUAGCGAGCAGCAGCGAAGGCCAGCCGCCGCUGGUCGACCCGGAACCGAUGACGGUGCAAAGCGCCCCGCCUGGCCCGAUGCCUCGUCAGCCGGCCGCCAAGCAGGAGCUGCCCCAUCUCGCCUCGUACCCCCGCCAAGCCACGCAGCAGCAGCAGCAGCAGCAGCAACAGCAGCAGCAGCAGAUCGCGCUACAAACGCGAGUGGAGCCGAGUCCCGAUGCCGGCGCCGGAGCCAUGUCGCCCAGUCUGAGCAGCGUCGCUACCAGCAAUUCCGAGGCGGAGGAUCUGCUGGACGACAUUCUGUCUUUCGAGACCGGUUCGCUGGGCGACGGUCUGAAGGAGGGUCAAUCGGGCAGUUUGUCCAGUCUGCCGGACUUGUCGAUAAAGAACGAGCCGCUCCUGCUCACGGAUGCCGAAAUUCACGCUCUCGCCAAGGACCGACAGAAAAAGGACAAUCACAACAUGAUCGAGCGGAGGCGACGUUUCAACAUCAACGACAGGAUCAAGGAGCUUGGCACCCUCCUACCCAAGACCAACGACCCGUAUUACGAGAUCGUAAGGGAUGUGAGGCCAAACAAAGGCACGAUUCUCAAGUCGUCGGUGGAGUACAUAAAGCUCCUGAAGAACGAGCUGACACGCAUGAAGCAGAGCGAACUCAGGCACAAACAGCUCGAGCAUCAAAACCGUCGGCUUCUAUUGCGCAUUCAAGAGUUGGAGUUGCAAGCUAAGGCCCACGGAUUGCCAAUCACGGACUUCAACUGGUCGUCGCCCACUGCCAGUCUACUCAAUUCGUUUUCCAAGAGUAGGCACGAACACAGAAAGCUGCCGGAUAUAGUGUCGGACGACGCGGGAGGAGGGCCCGGUUUGAGUAUGUCGCAACUGGAGGACCUGAUGGAGGACGAUGCAUCGGGACCAGUUCACGGUGGCGAUCCGAUGCUGUCGUCGCCACAUUUGCCACCGCUGAGUCCACCAGCGCCACAAUGCCAUCACCCGUUACCCGACGAAGACACGUUGGGUAGCCUGGCACCGACAACUUCAAAUUCAUCCUCGGACAUGGACAUUGUGGCGUAACCCAUCUGACCACUGGUUCUCCAAUUGCGUGCAGUCCUCGACUUUUUGACGAAAAAAGAACGUGUGCGCGCAGUGAACUGGUGGUGCCUGUACUUCGUUGUUACAAUGACCGUAACACAUUAUGAACGUUGUUUACUUUUACUAUCUUUCCUCACAACGACGACGACGACGACGACGACGACGACGACGACGACGACGACGAAAAAGGACAAAUUGUGCGUGCAAGAAAGAUACGCCACCGCAACGCUGGUCGUAGCUUUGUAAAAAAGAAAAAAAACUGAAAAUGAUUCCGUAUACGAUACGCGUGAGAGAAAGAGAGAGAGAGAAAGUAUUUUUUAGCAUGUAUUAUUAUUGUUGUUCUUGUUGAUCUUGCCUCGGCAAUCACCACAUAUUAUGGUGCGAAAUGCGCUCCGUUGAUUUUUGCGAGCGGCAAGCCUAACUAGUAAUUGUUUUCUUCCUUUUUUCAUUUUCCUUUCCUUUUGAAAAACCAUUAUUAUUCUUUGUUCUUUCUUCGCCCAUAGCAAAAGAAAGGCGAAGCCGUUGAAUUUCACCGUUUAUAUAUUUUUUUGACGAGAGAUGUGAAUUUUAUCGAGCGAUUAUUUACCGUUAAAAUAUUUCAUGAAAUAUGUAAUAUAUUAUACAUAUAUUUUUUCGAAUCCUUGUGUUAAAAGAACGUAUUAUUUUACUGUUGAAUUUCAACAAUAAAAUUUGAG